AUGGUAUUUUUCGAUAUAAUUACUUCAGAAGAAACUUUUAGUAGUAUUUGUGGGGAAACCCUAUUAUUGGUAGCUGCUUUCAUGAUAAUCCAUCUAAAAUUAGAACAAAGUGGCCUUAUCGAGUUUUUAAAACGCGCUUUACUUUAUGGUAAACCAACUCCUUCAUGGUUGUUGGCAAGAGUUUCUUUUCUUUCAGGUGUUUUAGCUGCCCUAAUUAUGGAUAGCGGUGCUGCCACUCUCUUGAGCCCUCUUGUUUUUCAACUUUGCGAAGAGAAUCGUCUUGAAAUUGAACCUUUUAUGAUGGCCUUGGUGACAUCUGCAAAUAUUGGUUCAAUUGCUACAGUGAUUGGAAAUGUGAAAAAUAUGAUUAUGAUUGAGUUCUUUCCUGAAAUUUCAUUUUUUGAAUUCUUCAUUCAUAUGACACCUCUCGCAAUAAUUGGACUUUUAUUAAACACGAUAUUUCUCAUAUUUUAUUAUCGUAAAAGAUUUAUUGGACAAACCAUUAAAUCUUACAACCCACCAAAAGCCACAACUAUCUCUUCAACAUCAACAACAAAUCAGAAUCCUAGAAAUUUAAUUCCAACGUCAUUACAUGUAAUUACAAAUUCACGUACGAUUGAAACCUCGUAUGAUACCGAUGAAGACGCCAUAUUGACAGGAAUGGUUAGUGAUAGUGAUGAUAGAGACGAAAGCGAUACGGAAAAUAAUGAUGAUGAUUCACAAUAUAGUGAAGGAGAAAAUUCAAGUCUUCUUGCGCGUAGAAAACGUUUACUUAAUUCAAGACCACAAGUUAAUGAAUUUUCUUCUUCACCAGAUCGGCUUCAAUCUAAAAGAAAUUAUGCAUUUGAACAAGUAGUUUAUAUGGAUGAUAAUGAUUAUGAUGAUGAUAAUACAAGCCCUUGGGUAAUUAGAAGAGAUAAUCCUAAUUGUAGUCCAAGACAAAAUCAACCAGCUUUAACAAGAUUUGCCUGGGAUGCGCCACAUGAAUCACGUGGUUUACAAGGACUUGGAUCAAAUAUACAAAAACAAACCAAACAAUUUAUUAGUGGUACAAAAAAUUUGUUUGGAAAUGGAAAUUUAUUAAAAAUAUCUUUUAUUAUAAUGAUGUUUGGAAUGUAUAUUGCAAUGUUUUUUGGAAAAAGUUUGGGAUGGACUGCUGUUACUUUAGCGUCAUUAUUUUUAUUUUUUGAUGGAAAAAAUGCAACAAAUGUUAUUAAUAAAAUAAAUUGGGGAAUUAUUGUUUACUUAAUUGGAAUCUUUGGAGUUAUUAGAGGUCUUCAUUCAACUCCAUUACCUAGUUUUUUAUGGGAUAAUUAUGAAGGAGUGUUUAUUGGAACUGAUAUGAAAACUUUAAUAUCAAUUUUCGUGUUAUCAUCUAUAUCAAUCUUAUUGACCUUAUCUUUGACUUCUAUACCUGCAACUCUUUUAUUAAUAUCUUAUAUAUCAGGAAGAAUGGAUGAAAGAUUUGCUGUAUAUUUAUUAGUUUGGAAUAUUGUACUAGUUGGAAAUUUAUCAGCCCGUAAAAGUUCUGCUGGUCUUAUUGUUACAGGUAUAUUUGUUAUUAUAUAA